UUCAUGUGAUGGAGCUCUUUAACCCGAGAAGGAAAAUUAUAGAUGGAAGAAAAUACUCUUCAAGUCUGAUAAAAACGUUCAUAAAUUUCCACAACUCCACCGUGCAUCAUACAGUCCCCCAAAACAACCCAUUGAACUGUCCUUUCAUUGGAAAUACGUAGUGAACUUCACAGUCGACGGGGAGAAAAUUAAGGAAGACAAUGAAAAAUCCUCAUGUUCUACUUAUUCCAUUUCCAGUACAAGGCCAUUUGCCUCCCUUAAUGGAAGUUGCACUCCAUUUAGCAAAAUAUGGCUUCAAACUCACAUUUGUGAACUCUGAGUUCAUUCACGAACGAGUUACCAAAUCAAUGCCGGAGACCGACAACGAAUGAGAACUCAUAAAAAUGGUUUCGUUACCUGACGGGUUAGAAUCCUCCGAUGACAGAAGUGAUCCGGGAAAAUUGUGGGGAUCAAUUAUUAGGGUUAUGCCGGGAGAGCUAAAGGUUCUUAUUGAACGGAUUAAUAAUUCUCAAACUGAUAAAAUCAGUUGUAUAAUUGCCGAUGCCAGCUUGGGUUGCGCUAUGGAGGUUGCAGAGAAAAUGGGAAUCAAGAAAGUAGCUUUCUGGCCAGCGGCAACAGCGAUACUCGCCUUGGGCUUCAAAAUUCCGACCCUUUUUGAAAUAGGAAUCAUAGACAGUGAAGGAACACCAAUGAAAAACGAGAUAAUUCAGCUUUCACAAGCAAUGCCUACCAUGAAGACAACAGAUUUCUUUUGGAAUUGUUUGGGCGAUGAAGCGGGACAGAAAUUGUUCUUCAAACUCAUGAUAAAAAUAUGCAGUCGGCUAAAUCGCCAGAAAGGUUACCUCUUGUGGCUUGAUCAACAACCACGCAAUUCUGUUAUAUAUGUUGCAUUUGGAAGUUCCACAGUAUUUGAUCAGAAUCAAUUCAAAGAACUUGCUCUCAGCCUUGAACUCGCCAAAAGACCAUUCCUGUGGGUCGUGCGAGAAAACACAACUGAAGAUGUCGACAAUGCAUAUCCAAUAGGGUUCCACGAAAGAGUGCGUAAUUGGGGGCAGAUAGUGGCUUGGGCACCGCAGCAAAACGUCCUAUCCCAUCCUUCCAUUGCGUGUUUCAUUAGCCAUUGUGGUUGGAAUUCCACCAUCGAAGGCAUAAGCAAUGGAGUCCCUUUUCUGUGUUGGCCGUAUAUCUUGGAUCAAAUAUUUAAUCAGAGCUACAUUUGUGAUCGUUUGAAAAUAGGAUUGAAAUUGAAUAAAGAUGACAGCGGAAUUAUUAGGCAUGAAGAGAUUAACAACAAACUAGAACAAGUUUUGAGUGAUGAAAGAUUUAAAGAAUUGGCAUUGGAUCUUCAAUCAAAUGUCCUAAACAGCGUUCGAGAAGGAGGGAGCUCUUAUAAUAAUUUCAAGGAUUUAGUAGCAUGGAUUAAGGAUUGAAAAAAGAUUUUGUUCUAGAUAUCCUACUAUUAUCAUCACAUUAAAUAUGUAUCCUUGGCAUUGAUAGUAUUGAGUGCAAGUUUGGUUAAUCUUACGUAAUUUUCAAAAUAAUAUUUUGUGUUUAUUAAAUUCCCGUAUGGUUAAGUU